AAAUGGAUUGGUUGUAUGACUUUCUUGUGGAGUGUCAUAGCGAACCAGACUUUCUAUUGAUCCACUUUAUUUCAACUUGUGCUCUGACUCUUCCUGCCAGUUAUGGACUGUUUUGCUGUCUUUUAAAGUCAUUAAUCCCCCUUUUUGAGGACUUAGCAAGUCUUUCAGUUGUGAAUUUGGUUUUACAGAUUAAUACCUAAAACCUCUCUUUGAUGAUUAGGCAUUGAAGUCCAGAACCUUCUCAUCAAUACACCAGGUUUAUUUUGCACCGGGAUUUCCCCAUGGCUAUCCAACGAGAUCUGAGUUUUUAAGGCAAAUAUAUUAAAUACAAAUGCGUUUAACGUUUCCAGCCAACCUCAACGUUUCAGUCUGUGACUGUACUGUCCCUUGCAAUGAGAUCAGAUACACAACAGAGGUGCAUUAUUCCAAGUUCCCGGAUGCAGGUUCUGCGGCUGCGUUACAAGCUGACGGUAUCACCUAUCUACCGUUCGAAUACUUAAGGAAAAACUCUGUGUUUCUUCGGAUUGGCUACAAAACACUUAGCUACGAGUUACUUGAACAGAAUGUGGCGUUUGGUGUCGAGGCGCUGUUUGGUGAAAUUGGAGGUAAUAUGGGUCUGUUUCUUGGAUGCAGCCUAAUGACCAUUUUUGAGUUUGCCGAUCUUCUUGUGGCCUUGGUUUUCGUUCGUUCAUUGCAUAAAGAAUAUCAGACUUAAUAGACCUUAAUAUACCCUCAGAUAUCAGAGCGAUUGAUCAGGAAAUAUAGUGUUUUGUUCAACUCUUGGAAAUGGAACAUGCGACUGAGUCAUUCCUGCCCGGUGAACCCUAUCAAGACAGGCCAGGCUCCUGUAAUUGUAAACUGUCAGCACCCGUUUAACUACUGAAAUCACGACUUUUCUGAAAAGUAGCUCUGCAUGUACGCAUAUAAUGAGUCAAGAUAUUCACAUUUAGCUGGAAAAUCAAGGUCGUCACGUUUAUUUAUCAAUUCAUAACCACUUGAUUUUGAUGACACAACUGCGCCCUGGCUACAGCAGUGCGAUACUUACUAGACUGGUCUAAAUCUGCGAGAACCAAUAUACAAAUGAACUGUUCGAUUAUGUUUGACCGUCCAUAGCCUAGAACCAUUUGUUAUCGAUUACUUAACAUUAUUUUCAAGCCGAACAGGUUCGGAGACGAAUUUGACAUGAAAUUAGACAAAUGACUUCCACAGAGAUUUCAGCCAAAACCUGAAGGAGCAAUAUGUCAUUCAUUUUAUCAAAUCUUUUCAUUACUGAAGGUGAAAGAAGGAUGUAAAAGAAUAGGCUUGUGAUAAGAUCGCUAGCUCCAUGACUUUACAUUUUUAAGUUAGACAGCCAAGUAUAGCCAUUGUAAUAACGUCACGUACGCUUACUAGUACCAAAUAAAUUUGCUUUUGACACAAGUAAAUAGUACUGUAUA